AUGCGCUGGAACGGUUGUCGCUACAGAUAUAAAACGGAUCAAACACCACAAAGGCGGGCUAAAAAGAAUUUCAUUCGGCGACACUGUCCUACAAAAACGAUGGUUAUCAAGGAAAGUGAGUUCGAUGAUUCGCUCGGGUACGCGUUGCUGCGCCGCGAUAUGGGCACCGUCUGGGACACGGCCAAGGACGAGCGGAUGGUCAACGGUACGAUGGAUCCGGAGCUGAUCCAGCGGGCCAAAGAGCGUGCCGUCCGGGCCCAGCUCAACUCCGCCGAUGGUGACACGUGCGAAACGCACGACCAGUUCUACCGCGACCACAAGCUGCUGCUCGUGCUGUUCCGGGGGCUGGCGGUGAUGCCGAUUACCCGGUCGGUGCCGGGCCGCAUCACCUUCAGCUGGCGGUCGGCGGCGUCCAUAUACGCGUUCUGCUUCUACCUCGUCUCCACCGUGAUCGUGCUGGUGGUCGGGUACGAGCGGAUCAAGGUGUUCCAAACGACCACCAAGUUCGACGAGUACAUCUACGGCAUCCUGUUCGUGAUCUUUCUCGUGCCCCACUUCUGGAUCCCGUUCGUGGGCUGGGGCGUCGCGAAACAGGUCGCCAUCUACAAGACGAUGUGGGGCGCGUUCCAGGUGCGGUACUACCGCGUGACCGGCACCUCGCUCCAGUUUCCCCACCUGAAGCUGCUGAUCGUGUUCCUCUCGAUCGGGUGUCUGGUGUGCGCGAUCGUGUUCCUGCUAUCGCUCAGCUUCCUGCUCGAGGGCUUUGCGCUGUGGCACACGUCCGCCUACUACCACAUCAUCACGAUGCUCAACAUGAACAGUGCGCUGUGGUACAUCAAUAGCCGCGGGAUACGGGUGGCCUCCUCGAGCUUGUCGCGCUGCUUCCGCCAGGACGUGGCGAUCGAGUGUACGGCGGCGAUGAUCUCGCGCUACCGCUUCCUGUGGCUGAAUCUGAGCGAGCUGCUGCAAGCACUGGGCAAUGCGUACGCGCGCACCUACUCCACCUACUGUUUGUUUAUGUUCGUCAACAUAACGGUGGCCAUUUACGGGGCGCUGUCGGAGAUCAUCGACCAUGGGUUUGGAUUUUCCUUCAAAGAAAUCGGCCUGAUCGUGGACACGGUGUACUGCUCGACGUUGCUGUUUAUCUUCUGCGACUGCUCGCACAAUGCCACGCUGCAGGUGGCGCAAGGUGUGCAGGACACGCUGCUCAGCAUCAAUCUGCUGAAGGUGGAUCAACCGACGCAGAAGGAGAUCGAUCUGUUUAUACAGGCGAUCGAGAUGAAUCCGGCAAUCGUAAGCCUGAAAGGGUACGCGGAGGUGAAUCGGGAACUGCUCACAUCAAGCAUUGCCACCAUCGCUAUCUAUCUGAUCGUUUUGCUGCAGUUUAAGCUGUCCUUGAUAUCACAACAGAUACCGGUAGAAAUUAUUGAAAAUGUUAAGCUGCUACAGAAACAAGCCAUUACCGGAGCCUCAACAUAAGUCAAAAGGUAACAUAGUUCUAUUCUCACCGUCUCUCCCUGCACAAUAAACGUAAAAGAAAUAUACAAAAUAAACUGAUAGACAAAUUGCAAUUCAUGUAAAUGUAUU